CUUGGCUUUAUUCAAAAGUCAGAAAUUCUACAGCUCCCUCCAAUUCCAAUCUAUAAUCAUUCUUUCCUCCCAUUCCCAUUCAUUCCCACGGGGAUUUCUAUAUGUUUAUUAUUAUCCCCAAACUCAUCAUAGUUUCUGGAAAACCUGAAAUUGGGUUUCAAUCUCUUCGCACAACUAGCAAUUCUUGACAAGAAGAGAUCAAUGUAUCCGAAGGUAAAGGUGAGGGAUCAAGAAGAAGGAGAUGAUGAUAGGUGGUAUGCCUAUGGGUUGGGCUCUUUGGAAUCCUUAAAAGCUUUUGAAGCAAUUUCCCUCUCUGUCUUAUCUUCUUCAGAUGAUUCUCCAACCUCGGUUGUAAGGAUUCCUACGCCGUACAUCUCGAGUUCACCCAAACCUCCAACCCCUUUGCCCACAGAAGCAACAAAUACCAAGAGCCAAAAAACUUCAAGUGGCAGCGAAACAACGACGAGAGCUAGUUUAGUCCCAAGACCACGAGCAGUCUUAUCCAGUCCAGAUAAUGAUCAAAUUAUAGGAAGUAGUAACAAGGUGAGAGCUAGAUUGCGUCCCAGUUUGAGAAACCAGAACGUGUGUCAAAGUAGAGGGGUUCAAUGCAAAACAAUUCCUAGAACGAACAAAGCUGGAAGCCCUUUAAAGGCUAAAGAUGUCAAAAGUCCAGGUGAU